CUGGUGCCGAGAAAAGGUAACUUUCGGUCAUUUUUCUUGGCAAGGCAGACGUCGAGUGACCGGGUUUUGUUGCUGCCGCGGAAGCUUGCGGUGUGACUCUUGGACAUUUUUGGAUCCUUGGAAUCCUCUACGCAGAGGGCUUUUCUCUUCAUCAGGUUUCCUUGCUGACACCAUUCCCUUCAUACACCCUAAAAAUCAUACCCAGGACAGCUGUCUAGCCAAAACUCGCCUCACCAGUUGUUGCUUGACCAGUUCCGUUCCCCACAUACCCUUCCGCUGAACAGUAUGGGUCUCCAAUCAGACUCUGCCCUACACUCCAUACUCCUUUUUCCACUCCAUGCCUUAGUAUGGCUGUACUCUGUCAUUUCCUUCCUUCCCUGGUACUACAUCACUGGUGCUGGGCAGAAGACAGCCCAGUCCAAGCGCAUCAAGGCCCGUUCCACAACAGGCAGAACAGAGGGGCCGUACCGCUCUGUGGACCACUUUGAAUCCCUGGCCAGAGAGGAUUUCCCUGGCAAGAACACCCUGGAUAAGCUGUUUGAGCAUGCUGUGCAGCGCUUCGGGCAGUCUGACUGUCUUGGCACCAGAGAUGUACUGAGUGAAGAGAAUGAGACCCAACCCAGUGGGAAAGUAUUCAAAAAGCUGAUCCUUGGGGAGUAUCGGUGGCUGUCCUAUCAAGAAGUGCACACAAUGGUCAGGCAUUUUGGCAGUGGACUGGCAGCUCUCGGGCAGCAGCCUAAAAGCACCAUUGCCAUCUUCUGCGAGACCAGAGCAGAGUGGAUGAUUACUGCUCAAGCCUGCUUCAAGUAUAACUUCCCAUUGGUGACAUUCUACGCGACGCUGGGAGAGGAGGCAGUUGCCUUUGGAUUGAACGAGACUGGAGUCACACAUCUCAUUACCAGCAUGGAACUACUUGAGAAUAAACUGAAGAAUGUGCUUCCGAAGAUCCCAAAGCUGAAGCAUGUUAUCUAUGUGGACCAGAAGAGAGUGAGCACAGAAGGCUACCCAGCAGGACUUUCCAUCCACGCCAUGCACGCUGUACGAGAACUGGGAGCAAAGCCUGAAAAUAUGGCUAGGGAGAUAUCCAAGCCCCAGCCUUCAGACCUGGCAGUGGUGAUGUACACUAGUGGCUCUACAGGCUUACCCAAAGGAGUCGUGAUUGUCCACAGUAACCUGAUUGCUGGAAUGACGGGACAGUGUGAACGUAUCCCCGGACUAGGGCCCACUGAUACCUACAUAGCCUAUCUGCCCCUGGCUCAUGUUCUGGAAAUGACAGCAGAGAUAUCCUGUGUGACGUAUGGCUGUCGGAUCGGCUACUCCUCCCCACAGACACUGUCAGACCAGUCCACCAAGAUAAAGAAAGGAAGUAAAGGAGACUCUACUGUUCUCAAACCCACCCUGAUGGCAGCUGUGCCGGAAAUCAUGGAUCGCAUAAACAAAAAUGUGAUGAGCAAAGUGCAGGAAAUGAGUUACAUUCAGAAAACGCUGUUUACACUGGGCUACAACUAUAAACUGGAACAGAUCAAGAGGGGCUAUGACGCACCGCUUUGCAAUGCGCUACUGUUCCGGAAAGUGCGGGGUCUACUAGGAGGACGGGUGAGGAUGAUGUUGUCAGGAGGGGCUCCUCUGUCGCCAGCCACCCAGAGAUUCAUGAAUGUGUGUUUCUGUUGUCCUGUGGGCCAAGGCUACGGCCUGACUGAGACCUGCGGAGCGGGCACCAUCACAGAGGUCGCUGACAUCAGCACCGGUCGUGUUGGAGCACCUCUCAUUUGCUGUGAGAUCAGACUCAGGGACUGGUUUGAAGGUGGCUACACGAAAAAUGACAAGCCUCACCCACGAGGUGAGAUCCUGAUUGGUGGUCCUAAUGUAACCAUGGGUUACUACAAAAGUGAGAGCAAUGACCAGGAUUUUUUUGUCGACGAUAAAGGCCAGCGGUGGUUCUGCACCGGUGAUGUCGGGGAGAUCCACCCUGACGGCUGUCUACAAAUAGUGGACCGCAAGAAGGAUUUGGUAAAACUGCAGGCUGGGGAAUAUGUGUCCCUUGGGAAAGUGGAGUCUGCUUUGAAGAAUUGCUCCCUCAUAGACAAUAUAUGUGCUUAUGCAAACAGUGACCAGAACUAUGUGAUCAGCUUUGUGGUGCCCAACCAGAAGAGGCUGACAGAACUGGCCAAGCAAAGAGGGAUAGUAGGAACAUGGGAGGAGAUCUGCACUCACCCUGACAUGGAAAGAGAUGUUCUCAAGGAGAUCAAAGAGGUCGCUGCUACAAUUAAACUCCAACGGUUUGAAAUUCCAAUGAAAGUUCAUCUUAGCCCUGAGCCAUGGACGCCCGAGACAGGUCUCGUCACAGAUGCUUUCAAGCUGAAGAGGAAGGAGCUGAAGAACCACUAUAUCCAUCACAUAGAGAGAAUGUAUGGGGGCAAAUAACUGCACCAAUUUCACCACAGAACUCCCCGCUGCCACCAUAACCACUAUUUUGAUGUGUAAAUAAUAUUUCAGGUACCCAUUUGGAUUUUUAAGCUGUUUGUGUACCCCAAGUGUAUAAAUGAGAAUGAAUUAAACAAAAAAGCUCAAGCUGUAGAUAGCUGCUGUUGUUGGCGAAGCUGUGCUGCUUUCAUUCUUGUGCUUAGAAAAAAAUGAGUUUUGAUUGUCAAAGAGAGAUACAGCAAAGUGGCACCUCUUAUUCUGUUUAUAAUGGUCUGGGACCGCAACAGUGCUUAACUGCCAUCCACUUCGAUUUCUCUGUACCAGAUUUGUAACUGAUAUGCUUAAAGUAUCGGUGUCCUCUAUUUGUUGUUGCAGCAUUGUUGUUACCCGUCCCCUUGAAAUAUUAACUGUAGUAAUCAGUGUGGCUUAAAUAUGAGAUUUCUGUUGCUCUUUGAAGUUGAGGAGUAGUGAUGUUACCGUGCCUUCAGUUUUCAGUACUUGUGUGCAGUCACGCAAAAGUAGGUGGCACCUCGAACAAUGAAAAUAGUGUAGGGAUUUGUUACGUGAAUGGCUUAACUGCCAUGUAAGGUUUACCCAGUGCUUAAGGAAAAUAUCCCCACCUGGAGAGAUGACGACAGGCCUUUAGUUAUAGAGCUUGGAACUUGCAAAACAGGCAUUACUCAUAGUGAGGUCUGCUUAUGUCUCUCCAUGCUCUCCAGUUGAGUUACCCUGGCCAACUUUGAUAUUGCUUUAUUUUAUACCUUUUUGUGUUGUAUUUCAUUGGAACCGUCAGACCAAAUGUAUAAACAUCUACAUGACUCAGGAACAUUAGAAUAGCAAAUAUUUUAAUAUAUUGUCAAGUAGUGGAGUAUUUGUAUAGAAAGCACUUCUGUCAAAUUCUUGUCAGCACCUUAUUUAUUAAAAGCAAGCAUGCCGAGCUAAGCUAUAAAGAUGCUUUUUUUUUUAGCAUUAGUUGUAGAUCAUAACUGGCAUACUGCAAAAUCAUGCAUUUUACCUCAGUUAAAACAAUGGGUUAAUGUACAAUUUGGUCUCAAGAGGUUAUCUAAAGCAAGAUCUGUUCAUUUCAAUAUAGGAAUGUUUUCUAUGUAUUUUCCAAGUAUUGUUAACAAACCUGUUUCAUUAAAACUUAAACAAGGACUUUUCCAGUCACCCUUUACCGUUAGUUGUUUGGUGAUACUGUUCAUAUUUAUUCCAUUAUUAGGAUCAGAUGCUUUGUGCAGCAUUUGUUGUGAAUAAAUGUCAUUUUGUACUUA